CGUUUUUUCCCCUCGCAGCCCUUUGCGGAAUGGUGCAACCUGCAGCCCAAAGAUGCUGCCAAGAUGCCCGAGAGUGCCUGGAAGUUGCUUUUCUACUCCCUGUCCUGGUCCUACGGCGCCUACCUGCUCUUCGGCACCGACUACCCCUUCUUCCACGACCCCCCCUCUGUCUUCUAUGACUGGAAGCAGGGCAUGGAGGUGCCCAGGGACAUCGCCAUCGCCUACCUGCUGCAGGGCAGCUUCUACGGGCACUCGCUCUACGCCACCGCCUACAUGGACACGUGGCGCAAGGACUCGGUGGUGAUGCUGCUGCACCACGUGGUGGCCCUGACCCUCAUCGCCUCCUCCUACGCCUUCAGGUACCACAACGUGGGCAUCCUGGUGCUGUUCCUGCACGACGUCAAUGACGUGCAGCUGGAGUUCACCAAGCUCAACGUGUACUUCAAGCACCGUGGCGGGGUCUACCACCGCCUCAACGACGUCGUCUCCAACAUCGGCUGCCUCACCUUCAGCGUCAGCUGGUUCUGGUUCCGCCUCUACUGGUUCCCCCUCAAGGUGCUCUACGCCACCUGCCACUCCAGCCUCCAGUCUGUCCCCAACAUCCCCUUCUACUUCUUCUUCAACGCCCUGCUGCUCGUGCUCACCCUGAUGAACAUCUACUGGUUCCUGUACAUCGUGCUGUUCGUGGCCAAGGUGCUGCUGGGGCAGAUGCAGGAGGUGAACGACGUCCGCGAGUACGACGUGGAGGAGAGCAGCAGAGCCGGGAAGGAGCCCGGGAUCCAACUGCCCCGGGCUCUGAAGGAAAGGCUGCACCUCAAGAACGGCCUCGUGAAGGACAAGAGGUUGUGAGGCCAGCGGCUGCCGGGGCCCGGCGCUGGGACCCUGCACGGGACAAAGGACGGGCCCCGGGAGAGCUUCACCCCUGUCCCCUGCCACCGCCUCUGCCAGGACCGUGCCCUGGGGCUGGGCUGUCCCCUGUGCCCUGUCCCCUGUGCCCUGUGCCCCGGGGCUGGGCUGUCCCCUGUGCCCUGUCCCCUGUGCCCUGUCCCCUGGGGCUGGGGGGUCCCCGUGGCCCCCUUGGGCCAGCACACCGGUGGCUCUGCUGGCCCAGGUAGGCUUUGGGGCUGGCUUUGUGUCCCCAGGUGUCGCUCCGCGUUCUCAGCCCCCCGUGAUUCCCCCCGGAGCCUCCCUCUGACCCUUCCCCAAGCCCCGGGGAAAAGCUCCUGCCCUGCCCUGGGAAGGGGAGCCCGAGGCCAGCCCCGCUCCAGCUGCCACCCAGGGGCUGCAGAGGUGACCCACUGUCACCUGCAGCUCCCCCGGGCAGCUCUGCCUGGAGAUCCGCCUCGGGAGCCUCAUCCCAGCCCUCUGCAGGAGGCCCGCGAGGUUUAAUUGGCUUCGAAAAGCCCCGCGUGGGUCCUGGGGUGGCUGAGAAAGGGUCCUGCGAGUCCCUGCCGGGGGAGUCCCCCCAGGACUGUCCCCUGCUGAAGGGAGAGCAGGGAAUUCCUGUUCUCCAGGCUGGAUUUCCAGGGAGAACAGAGAAUUCCUGCUCCCUGACUUGAAUUUCCAGGCAGCUCCAGCCCUGCAGGUUCCCGGGUCCCUGUCCUGGGCAGCUCUGCGGGUUUGGGUCCCUCAGACCCCGCUGUCCCCUGGCUGUCCCCUGGCU